AUGGCCCCUCCCACGGCCGCAAAACGCUCGUACGCCGCCUUGAAUAGAGGUGGUGCCAACAUGCCCAUCGCCGAGUCAUGGCCCGAAACACCAUACGCCGACUUUGACUGCUCCAAGUAUGACUACGUGCCGACCGACGAUGGCGGCUUCUGGCAAUUGCAGCAGCAACAUGCACCUUCAGAACAGCUGCCAAACGUAGUACCGCUCGUUGCCACAAGCAAAUCGCCCAUACAGCAACAGCAAGACGUUGAAUGGACGUGCUUGUCGGCAGCAUGUCCUUCGAAGCCGUUCAAGCGCAAAAUCGACCUUGACCGGCAUUACCUCCAAGCCCACGCGGACAGCCAAACGCAGCCGUCGCCCGCUCUUUCUCUCAAAGACAUCACGCCCGCGACGAGUAUCAGCAACCCGAGUCCCAAGAUCACCACCAAGAAGAACCCGUCAGGCAGCGGCAAGGUCAAGGGCGCGGCAGGCGCUGGCGUUGGAGCGGGAGCCAACGCAGGAAGCAGGAACAACAGCGUCAGCGCCACGGGCAAGGAGAAGGACGGGGCCUUUCUUUGCGACUAUCCGGCUUGCACCCGCAAGAGCGAGCCCUUUAGCCGCAAAGACCGUUUGCGCGUCCACCUUACCGACGUUCACAAGGAAGACGUGGACAAGAAGACGAGCGACAUGUCGGACUCGUGGUUGCAGGAGCGCAAAAUCUAUCCCAAGUGGUGGCGCUGCACAAAAUGCCUCGACAGGGUCAAGAUCGAAGAGAGCGGGUGGGAGUGUCCCAAGGAUGGCUUCAAGAUCGAGGAAAGACGGCGCGAAUUCCGCCAAAAGCAGCAGCCCAUGUAA